AUGACAUCUAUAUUUCCCUGUGAAGACUGGAGGGAUGCCGUCGUCAUCAACACAUCUCAGAAUUUGUAUUUGAAACCACUUUCUUGUAUCAGCAUUUCGGUCCAGUUGCCAGCCGACAUGCUAAAAACCGCGGGGAAAUCCGUCUCCACUUUGGAAAUAAUGGAUAAAAUCAAAACGGCCGCAAAACCCGAUGAAAUCAUUGGGAUGAAAGUAUUGAAAAGCACGCUGCAAUAUGUGCGAUUUGAAGCUCACCUUGACAGUAGACAUCAGAUAGCAGGAGUUCUUCACCGGCUUGACAGAGGCAUCCUAAGAUUGAACGGCUUCCCGGAACCACUGAAAAUGAGAGCUUGUGAAUCCAAACUAAUCUACCCAUCAAGACAUGACUGGGACACAUACUUUCAACAAAGCAAAAAUAUGAAUGAGCUCAAACCAGGAGAACGGCCCGAUACUGUUCACAUCAGUCUGCUGCCAUGCCAAUGGUUUAUGGUCCCUCAGUCAAGCGGAUUGGAGACAAACUGUUUCAAGAUGAAGCCAAGUGAAUCUAUGCUCAGGGCCAUUUUUGAAGUGUUUGGACCUCUUCGCACUGUUGACAUUCCCAUGUUGGACCCAUACAGGCCAAAAAUGGUUUCUAAUCCCCCAAAUACUUUUGCAUUCGGACAAGAUGGACUAUUUGAAGCAUUCGUUCAGUACCAGGAGUAUGUUGGAUUUCUUAAAUGUAUGACAGCCUUCAGAGGCAUGAAACUACUUUACAAAGAAGGGAACAGAGCUUGGACAGCUCUUGUACAGGUUGACUUUGAUCGCACUCGACACCAAAGCGAAAGAUCUCUAAAAUUCCGGAGGAUUGCCAGGGAAAGAUUAAUCCAGGAAGAAAUUGACAAAGAGAGGGCCGACAAAGUUCGAAGGGAACUGGAAAAUCUCAAACACGAAGAGAGCAGACGUCAGCAGACAGAAGAACGACUAAAAGAGGAAGAGGAGUCCGCCAGAAAGAGAAAGGCUGAAGAGGAGGCCAGGGUCGUGCUCGAGGAGCGCAAGUUGGUGCUUGUCCAAAGAAGGCUGGAGAGUUUACGGUUGCUGGACGCGGUUUUCGAGCGGGUUAAGGCUGCACUUGAAGAGAAAGAAAGGCGCAAAAAAGACCUUUCCAGGAAGAAAGAUAAGUCUUUAAAGAAGGACAAGGAGGCUAGACGUCAAUUGAAGCUGGAAGAAGAAGAGCGAAAUUUGCGCGCCAAACUACUUAAGAAAUACCAGCAGGUUGGGCAGGAGCAACUUGAGGAACAGAGGGAGAGAGUGCGGCACAUGCUUCAAACUUCGGCCGUCAAAUUGAAAAGCACCGUCAAUGUCAUGUCUGAGCCCAAAAUUGCUGAUAAAGUUGCUCCAGUUCAAGCGCAAACUCAAGAAAAUCUACUUCAUGUAACUGAUAGGGCGAAUAACGGGCAUUUCGUCAGACAAGAUCCUUUGAUGAAUCAACCCAUGUCUCAACGCUCAAUUCCGGUGCAGCCCAUUGAUUUUAGGAAAGAAUAUGACGAACAACACGUCAAUCAGCAAAACCACCACCACCGACAUUCAUCCUUCAACAGGAAACGAUAUCCACCUCAGGAGUCGUUCCAUUCAGCUCCACGCCAAAAUCAGAAUCGAGGUGAUUGGAAACGGAGUCGGUUCGACAACGGUAAAGCGAAUUGGGUUUCCCAACUGGAUCAAGAGUUGUGGGAUGGACCCAACGUAGACAACCAACGGCAAAAUGGACGCGGAGGGUACCGAAGAGGAGGUCGAGGUGGAGAAUUCCACGCCCGCAGAACACGCGAUUUCCCGCCGACGAAAGAAAGAUACACAAUGAAAUCGGAAAGUAGAUUUUCAGCUCCUAGUAGCUCAAUGUCCGGUGAGAAUACGAUGGAACCUGCACUAGCCGUUGAGCGACUUACUUGAAAAUUGAAAAAUGUAUUUGUGACAUUUCUGGGACAUUUCUGGAUGACUUUUUCUUGUAAUAAACUACGUAGGAUUGAC